UUCGCACUGGAGAUGAACGGUUUGACUGCGCAGUGUCUUGAUGAAAGUUGACGCCGCAAAGACGCUUGUUUUGUCAAACACGAGGCCUUCCUGAUCUAUUCAGCUCUCGCUCGAGUACCACGAACACGUUUCGUCACUUCCGUUGCCAGAAGGUUCAUAAAACCUAUCCUCUAUCAGUCCUGGCGGUGGUUCUGUGAUCACAUCUAAAACAGCCCUUACGAUCAUCUUUCUGGUUCCUGGCAAACAUUUUAUCGUCGCAAUGGACAUUUAAAUGCGAGUUAUCUGCUAGCUCCAUUCGGAUAUCCGCAGGCGUGGGGGCUGUAUCUCGCUGCUUGGGGCUGUCUGCGCUACUUGACGUUGUACGAACCAUUCUGGGCAUCUGGCCUGCUGUUUGGUGGACCUGCGUCAGGAUGACGGUAAUGGCCGCACGCGUCCCCAACCACGGAAGGGUCGCACUGGUCUGUUCAGCUCUCCGCUAAAGGCGCUUUGCACAGGUCGACUAUCCUUGGGCUAGGUGCGAGACUUGCUGGUGGGUGUUCCGCUGGAUGAGUAUUUGCAUAUGGAUUGUGGAUCUGCUAUUGUUAUGCUUUGUAUGGGUGCCGUACCCACAAGUCGAAUUGUACUGUAUGGCCAUUGGACGAGGAGGGCGAGUGGUCGGAGUGGAGAGAGUUUUGGUGUGGUGUGGCAUGGACGUCAUGCCGGGUAUUUUGGAAAUGAAAGAGCCUACGUAUUAUCUGGGUGAUAGCGUUGAUGGAUGGAAGGGUGUUGGACGCACGAUGGAGUAUGGUGUGGUGUGAUCGGGAGGGAAUGAUAUGAAGAUGAUUAGAGAGAGAGAUGGUAGACUAAGUGUAGUAGUAGAAUAGGGCAGCGGGUGGCGUGCGCAGACUGCCGUUAUCAAGAAUCAAGCUGAAAAUACAGUGAGCUGACUGAAGGGGCAACGGGGAUCACAGGCGAGGACGAUUCAGAUAAGUGGUAUGGGACAUGUAUAUAAUUACGUUUAAUUAUUGGAAGCCGCGAUUCUCACCGUG